AUGGGCCAACGUCUAUAAAAACACAUCUUCCUCAUUUCCCUCUCCAAAAAUCCCAUGUAUAAAUGUUCUCUCUCUCAUCCUCCUCUCACUCCCUCUGCUUCUGCUCCUGUCAUGGCCAAUGCCGCACAGAAAAAAUCCCCUUUCUCUACGAUGGCGUUAAAGUAAGCCCUAGAAUUCCCCAACAUCUCCACAUCUUCUCUUCUCUUCGCCGUCGCAACCCCAAGAAAUCCCCCAAGUCGUCUCCCGCUGAACGAAAGCUCGAGAUGGUAAUUGAUCUGGAAGACAUCUCGAAUCAGGCCUCGAUGUCACUGCGGAGGUUCUUCCGAUCAUCCGAAUCCAGAUUCCGUGAAUUCGUCUCUGCUGGUGCUGAAACCUUCGCUGAUUUGCAGACUCUCGUCACUUUUGACCGGAAAGGACGGAUGGUUGUUGCCUGUCGUCGAUCGUCUCUGGAAUUCUUGGCGAAUCUCACCGUCUUGAGCUUCAUUCUCGUUUUCGCUGUUAGGGUUUUGGUGAAGUUAGGACUGCGGUCCGGACUCGGUAACUGGGAUAUGGUUCGGAGGCGGGAUCGGAGUCUUGCGGGAAGAGAGGUUGUUGUUGGUAAGAGAAUUAAGGAGAGGGGUGAUUUUAUGGUUUCGGUGAAUCCUCUUUCGUAUGUUAGAGCGACGGAGAGGAGAAGCGGGGAUCGGGUUUUGGACAAACGUCGGGUUUCUAAGAAGGAGACACUGCCUUCGUGGUGGCCAAAUUUAAUUACCAAGCUGGUUGGGACAGUGGAAAAGGAGUCUCAGAGGGAGGCUGGUAGGCUCAUUCGAGCAAUCAUGGAUAAUAGAAUGAGCGGAAAGGAUCUUACUGAAGAUGAUAUUAUCCAACUGCGUCGAAUAUGCAGGACCUCUGGUGUGAAGGUCUCAAUUGAGACAGCCAAUGCACGUGAUUCGUUGUAUCGUGCAUCAGUUGAUUUUGUUCUGAACACUUGCAGCAAUGCAAUGUGCCAGCCUAACCUUGUUCACAUUGAUGGUGAGGAACUCCGUCAGUUUGUUGCGGGGUUUGCAGAUAAUAUUGGGCUUGAGGAUGCUCGGGCUGCAACAAUUGUGUGUGCAGCUGUUGCCGCACGCACACGUUCACGUUUUCUGCAGGCUUGGGCUUUUGAAAUUCAAGGGAAACGGUCUGAAGCAUUGGAUGAACUGCUCAAGAUCUGUGCUAUUCAUCAGAUAUUUCCUCCUGAAGAAUAUUCACCUGAAAUGGAGAUGGUGGCACGAGGACUUGAGAAACAUUUAAAAUUAGAGCAAAGGGAGCACCUAUUGAAGCUACUCGAGGGAGUAUGUCGGGCUGAAAAUCAAAGAAUUGCUGUGGAAGCACUUGGCCUGUUUGUCCCACCUAAAGACAACGGUGACAUGCCGGCCUCUCGGUAUUUAUAAUUCUUCAAUUCAAAUUCAAUAUUGCCGAUUUGGGUUCUUAAUUAACAAUGUGAUCGCAUAUGAUGUGUGUAACCCUGUAAUUGUAUUAUCAUAAUGAAGUUAUCAAUUAUUUUUUUAAGGUAGAAAUGGGUAUCAUCAGUGCCAUGGGACUUGCAUUUUA